AUGUACGUCAACCCAGGCAAUAGCAAAUACCACAUGGGGAUGAACCCCCCCCAGCCGAUGCCCCCCCCAAGCGCGAGGAUGAACAGCUUCCCCCCCUGCCCAACGGGCCCAAAUAGCAUCGCCGUAGGAGGAAACAGCUUUCACAUGCAGAGGAAAAAUCAAAUGAUGUACCCCCCGCAUGGCAGUGAGAAGAACAACCCCAUGGUGUUUGACAUACCGCCUGGCCUAAAUAGCGUGGAUAGUUUCCCUAGAGAUGUAAAAAAGGACGAUGGGAUUUUCCUGGGAAAUUUCAGAGGCCCCCCUCCCCCGUAUGGCCGGCCCGCACCUGCGCCGUACCGCCUGGGCGGGGGGCCCCUGUUCCAGGGGGAGCCAUACCCGGUCGAGGGGUACCCGAGCGAAAUGUACCAAGGUGAAAUGUACCAAGGUGAAAUGUACCAAGGUGAAAUGUACCAAGGUGAAAUGUACCAAGGUGAAAUGUACCAAGGUGAAACGUACCAAGGUGAAACGUACCAAGGUGAAACGUACCAAGGUGAAAUGUACCAAGGUGAAAUGUACCAAGGUGAAACGUACCAAGGUGAAACGUACCAAGGUGAAACGUACCAAGGUGAAACGUACCCAGGUGGGGGAUACCCAGGUGGGGGGUACCCAUUUGAGGGCUACCCUGGAGAGGCGCACCAGGGCGACCCAAAGAACGAGGGAAAAGGCAGCGCAACGACGUACAACAUAAACGUAGACGGGAGGGAAAGGCUCCAAAAUGAUUACAAUCAAAAUUUUGUGAACACAGGAGAAAGGCCACAGAAUUUUAUAAGAGACAGCGACGAAAAUAAAAGGUUUGAUAAAUACCCCAAAUUGAAGCAACUGCUGGAAUUGAAAAACCAAAUCAUUAAGAAGAGGUCCACCCCAGCAAGGUACAUCAAUUGUGACUUGAGGUCAUUCGAUUUAGGAACCUUAGGAACCAAAUUCGACGUCAUCCUAAUAGACCCCCCCUGGAAAGAAUACUAUGAUAGAAAAAUCUACAAUUUAGAUUUACUAAGCAGCAUGCAUAUAGAAAAUUACGACUUAAAUGGAGACAUUAAUAAUGACAGGGAUAAAUUCUGGUCAUUAGAAGAUUUGGCUAGCUUAGAAAUUGAAAAAAUUGCAGAUGUGCCUUCGUUCCUUUUUCUGUGGUGUGGAAUCACACACCUGGAAGAUGCCCGUGUUUUGCUAAACAAAUGGGGCUACCGUAGAUGUGAAGACAUCUGCUGGUUAAAAACGAACAUAAAGGAAACGAACAAAAAGGUAAAGUACCUAAACGAGACGAACAAUGAAAAUUCGUUUUUGCAGAGAACCACGGAGCACUGCCUGGUGGGCAUUAAGGGAGCCGUCAGACGAUCCUACGACAUCCAUUUCAUUCACGCCAAUCUAGACACUGAUGUCAUCAUAGCAGAGGAGACGGAUGAAAAUAUCUACAACAAUAAUAAGCCGGAGGAGCUGUAUAAAAUUAUUGAAAAGUUCUGCUUGGGGAGGAGGAAAAUCGAACUGUUUGGCACCAAUAGGAACAUCCGGAAUGGGUGGCUGACUUUGGGCAAGAAUUUGGACACCACUCUCUUCAACCGCGAGGAGUACACUGGGUGGUUCGAGGGCGACGUCGCCUGGCCCGAGGCCACUUCCUACGUGGGCGGCAAGUACAUGGGCACCACCACCGAGAUUGAGAAUUUGCGCCCCAAGUCUCCCCCGCGGAGCGCCACCUAGUGUAAGCGCGCGCGUGAGUGAAAGCGUGCGCGUGUGCGCGUGAGCGUGUACGAAAUGGCUCCUUUUUUUUUACCUCUGUUUGCAUGCUGUAGCGGCCCCCCAUGAGUUUUUUUUUUUUUUUGCCCCUUUUUCGUUCCUUUUUUGUUGUACCAAGCCGACCAGGCUGUGUUUCCCCCGUGCGCGUAGCUGCGCAGGGGUGUACCUUAAGGAGUACGCUCAGUCGUACGGCCAGAUGUGCUUCUACACACCUACACUCGUGCACCCACUUCUUCACUGCCGUACGGUGCCCCUUUUUUGUGCCG